GGACACCUUCCCAUGUCGGAAAACAUCGUGCCAUGCCUGCAGAACGAUGCCCACAAAAUCGGGGCGAUCGUUGCCACCUUGACAUCGGUAGCCUCCAGCGGAACUGCACACCUGCUGCAACACAUCGGCAAGCACGUGGACCCUGAGUACGCCAUACCGGGCUGCCGGGGGCGCUGGAUUCAGGAUAUAUCAUGUGGAGGUGUCUACUUCCCAGAGUAUUACAUCUUUGGCUUCGGCUUCACCUUCGUUAGUCUUUGCAUGGCUCAUGCCUUCCAAAAGGCUGCCUACAUUCUGGAGAGAUAUAGCACGUUGUCCGGAAGGAUGGUGCGGGUCUUCCGCGUGGCGGGGCUCACGGGGUGCCUGGCCAUGGUGCCGAUGGCCUGGGUCUCCAUGAAGAUCAACCGCUCGGCACAUUUGCUCUUCGCGGCUCUGACGAUGAUCCCCUGGCUCGUGGCCUUCGUUGUGCGCUGUAAAGCUGGGUGCCCGCCCUAUCACAAGAUGGCGAUCCUCACCUGUGUGGCUGCAUGCGCCUUGAUCUCUAUCUGGUUCACAGCCAUCGUGCUCCGGUCCUCUCAGUCUUGGGCGGAGUGGUGUGGUUUCCUUUGCUUUCUGCUCCACACCUUCACCUUCCCCGUGCCCGCCGGACGCUUUUCCCUCUUCCGGAGCGAUGCGUCCGUCGAGCUCGAGCUCGAACCUGCUGCCAACCUCCGACCCAGUCGGACGAACACAGGCCCCGCAGGCAUAUGACGCCUGAGAGCCCGAUGCCAAAUUCCGAUGUGCCAAUUGGGGUCAAACUGCAGUGAUUGGCUGCUUGAUCCCGAACCAGGUGACUCGCUGAUGCCGGAAAGAGCGAGCAAGACAUUCUAUCAGGGCCCGGCAAGGAGAGGGCGUUUGAUUUCUUGGGUUUCCCCCCCUUAAAAUGGAAAAAGAAGUAGCCCAGCCCGUCUUGAGCAACUCUGAGCCUUGGAUGCCGAGUGGGAUCCAGCGAGCACGCGGGGCAGGAAGAAAUUCACAGGAAGUUGAACCCGGACACAGCCUAAAGCGCGUAUGGCGCGUGUGCCGACCCUUGAAUUGAUUUCUGGAUUGCUGUGGCAGUUUGAAAGACAGCGGCCUCGG